CAGACGACGGCGGCGCGAUCGGGAAAUUCGGCGGAGUACCGACGUUCGAACUUACGUUCCUCAUUCCCGUUCCCUCAUUGAGUUGUGGAGCUUCGAUCGAGCUCCCAGCUCUUGGCGAUUGCCUCCUUUACAGCUACAGAGGAUUGACUACCUCACAGGAAAUACAGGCCUUGGACAUCAAAUACAACGACAGCGGGUCUCAAAUGAUACGCACACACAGGUCUCUGGAGUCAAUGGCGGCUUGUUCGGGCGUCACGACGUGUCUGUCCGAAGGUUCGACCGAAUGCAACCUCACCUCGGAAACCUGUCCGCCGUGCGUGUACGCGCUCACGGGCGGUGAUUACUCUUGCUACAGCCGUGACACGUCCGGAGAAUGCCCCUUUUCGGGGAUGUACGCCGAAUGCGAUAAGAGCUCGACCACGACUAACAAGAGUUCUAGCAAGAGUAACAGCGGGGAAACCACUCCCACGCCGACGACGAAAACGCCGGCGAAAGCUACAGAAACCCCUACAGAGGCCCCGACGGAUGCACCGACUGCAGCCCCCGAGACGUCGGCGCCCGACGCCACGGACAACACCAACAGCCAGACUCCUACUGAAGAUGACGCCUCAACGACUAAAGCCACUACAGCGCCGUCGACGUCGACUACCUCGAGCGACACGGACGCGACUCAAACUUCAUACACGCCGUCGUCUGCCAGUGGCGCCGAACAUACACUGACCAGCAACACGUCGAGCACGAGCGGUUCCCCUAAAAUUGUUAGUCUGGCGCUUAUCGGUGGCGCCGUGGUGCUUGUAGUGAUAGUGAUCGCGUUCGUCGCCCGUCGGGUGAUGAAAAAGAAGAAAAUGGCUGCCUCCCAGGAGCGGACGGUGUCGUCUGGACACAACAGCGCAUGGUCCGACAGAACGCUGGGUUCAGGUACUUCGGGAGGCAACUUGUAUUCAACCUACAGCUACAAGGAUGAGGCUGAAAAGGGUAACGGUAUCUCGAUGCUGUCAGACUCGCAGGCUAGCAGUGCCUACAGCGCGGAGAGGCCAACGGCUGACUUUUCGAACUAUGGCGAGAACUCGCAGUACGCCCAGAACUCGCAGUAUUACGCCGAUUACAGCGUCAGUACAGGCCCGGAACUUAUGGCGGCUGGGGCCGUGGCUGGCGCUGGACACCACUACGCGAGCCACAGUGGGCCGUCGUCCGGCGGGGCAGGCAGUAAUUUCGUGGACGUGACUGCGUCGUCCACCUCAAUGAGGCAAUCUGAGCUGGACUCCGUUCGUUCAGGGCAGCAACCGCUGACUGUUAGUCAGCUCAUGCCUACAGCUAUUCACGAAGACGAAGAGGAGGCGUACGCUACUCGACAGAGACCUGGAAACCAGCAGUACUUAGGCGCGCAGCCUACCUACAACUUGUACACAGCAAACGCUGUGCCCCCGAGCAGUAGGAAGCCGCAAGUCUUUGGUGCUUCGACUGCUAGCAGCAUGAGGAGCGACUACGAUAUUGUCGACCCGCUCACAAUGCACGACGUGGAGCAACGCGACACUGAGAUGCUGGCAGAAGAGAAUCGCUAUCCCAAGUUCUCUUUCGAGUCAGAAGCUUCUUCCGCCGACUUAUAUGACGGCGACUCGUCCGAGGAGGAAAGCGACGACGAACGGGUGCGACACGGGGAGCACAUGAUUUAA